UCCAGAGUGGCGGCCAAAAGAGGGCUCUGUGCCCAGCCCGAUGAAGACGCUACUGACCAUCCUGGCUGCGGGGUCCCUGGUCGCUCACAUUGCUGAGGACACCUCGGAUCUCCUUCAGCACGUGAAGUUCCAGUCCAGCAACUUUGAAAACAUCCUGACUUGGGACAGCGGACCGAGGAGCACCCCAGACACAGUCUACAGUGUGGAGUAUAAGACGUACGGGCAGAUAGCGUGGCUGGCGAAGAAAGGCUGCCAGCGAAUCACCAGGAAGUCCUGCAACCUGACCAUGGAGACAGGCAGUCUCAUGGAGCUCUACUACGCCAGGGUAACUGCCACCAGCUCGGGAGGCCAGUCAGCCACCAAGAUGACCGACCGGUUCAGCUCACUGCAACACACUACCAUCAAGCCACCCGAUGUGACCUGUAUCCCCAAGGUGAGAUCCAUUCGGAUGAUUGUUCACCCCACCUGCACGCCCCUCCACUCAGAGGACGGCCACCGGCUAACCCUGGAGGACAUCUUCCAGGACCUCUUCUAUCGCUUAGACCUCCGGGUCAACCAGACGUACCAAAUGCACCUUGAAGGAAACCAGAGGGAAUACGAGUUCCUUGGCCUGACCCCUGACUCGGAGUUCCUCGGGACCAUCACGAUUUCUGUUCCAACCUGGUCCAAAGAGAGUGCCCCCUACAUGUGCCGUGUGAAGACACUGCCAGACCUGACGUGGACCUACUCCUUCUCCGGGGCCUUCCUGUUCUCCCUGGGCUUCGUGGCCGCCGGGCUCUGCCUCCUGAGCUACAGAUACAUCACCAAGCCGCCUCGGCCCCCCAAGUCCCUGGAUGUCCAGCAUGUGCUGACCUUCCAGCCGCUGCAGUUCAUCCAGGAGCACGUCCUGAGCCCCGUCUGUGACCUCAGAGGCCCCAGCAGCCUGGCCCAGCCUGUCCAGUACUCCAGAGUCAUGGUCUCUGGACCCAGGGAGCACCCAGGAGCCCCACCGCCACUGCCCAACCCAUCUGAGAUGGCCUACCUCAGGCAGCCGGACAGCUCUGUCCUGCAGCCCUCCAGGGCGCCACCUUGCCAGGCACCCUCCCCGCUGUCCUACGCUCCGCAGGCCGCCCCCAAGGUCAGACCCCCGUCCUACACACCUCAGGCCGCCCCAGACAGCUGGCCUCCCUCCUCCUAUGGGCUGUGCAUGGAAGACUCUGGCAAAGACACCCCACCCGUGACACACUCCAGUCCCAAACACCUCAGGCCUAAGGGUCAGCUCCAGAAAGAGCCACCAGCUAGAAGCUGCACCACGGGUGACCUUUCUCUGCUGGGGGUGGCCUCCUUGGCUGCGGAGGAGCCCGAAGAAGCAACAUCCCUCCAGCUGCCCCUGUGUGCUGACACAGACGGCGCACCUGACAUUGACGCAUUGCACAAGGCACAGCCAGGGACGCCGGGCUACCUGAAGAGCCGGCUGCCCCUCCUCUCCUCUGUCCAGAUAGAGGGCCACCCGGUGCCCCUCCCUUUGCACACUCCAUCCCUCCCGUGUUCUCCCACGGACCUGGUGUCUAGUCCCUGGGGCCUGCUGGAAUCCCUCGUGUGUUCCAACGACGAGGACCCGGUGCCCGGGACUGAGGCCAAGAGCACAGCCCCUCGGGCCUCGGGCCCGGAGCAGCCCGCAGAGCUGGACUCUCUUUUCAGAGGCCUGGCCCUGACUGUGCAGUGGGAUUCCUGAGCGGCCAGCGGGCAGGUCUGGGCCUUCCUGCUUAUCCCCAACCCCCACUCGGCUGCGCACACAGCCCAGCCUCAGGGGGUGAC